UUUGGUGUUGGUAGUAAUAGUCUGUCAAAUUCUCGUCAAAUCCCGGAUUACAUGUAGUUUUUUAAUCGAUUUUCGUGUCCAAAACCCCGCAAACAACAACCGCGAAAUGUUUGGAGACGCUUUUAAUUAUAUAGCGUACGAUAAUCCGUUAUCGAAGGGGGUAGUAAUGGCAGCCAAGAGCACAUAUUCGAUACUGACUAACAGCAGAGAACCGGUAACUACAAUAAGAGUUAUCACUGAAAAAGUAUCAUUACACGAACAAAUGGCGCAACAUGGUCCAAUUUUAAAGAUUGCUGGAGCUAUGGGAGCAUUCGCUGUCGCGCUUGGAGCGUAUGGGGCACACAAAAAAUAUCCCAAAGAUCGAAUAGACGAGUUAAAAUCAAUUUAUGAAACGGCAAAUAAGUUUCAUUUCUUUCAUACACUUGCUUUAUUUGGGGUACCUUUUUCUAAACAACCCAAAGUAACUGCAACUUUAUUCGUUGUUGGAAUUACUUUAUUUUCUGGACCAUGUUAUUAUAGGGCUUUUACAGGAGAAAAUAAGUUUGGUAAACUUGCUCCUGUUGGUGGAUCUCUUUUGAUUAUAGCUUGGUUAUCAUUUAUGAUUUAAAAGGGAGAAGGGUUAGAAAUUUAUAAAGAUCUGCGAGUUCUUUUAUUAUACCUUUUCUUUUUUUAAGUUAAUUUAAUUGAUAAGGAAAAAUUAAAAUUAGAAUUGUGUAAAAGUGAAUAAAGGAAUGGAAUGUUAUUGAAUAAUUUA